AUGCACCCUGAUGAUCCAAAAGAUCCCGGUCAUCUCGGUACCCCUACGCCAUUGAUGCUUGCGUCUCAGUACGGUCACGCGGACAUUGUACAGCUGCUCCUAGAGGGCGGCGCUGACAAGGAUUUCCGCAAUGAGAAUGACUAUACACCAUUAAUGUUGGCGGCCGAGGAGGGCCACGUGCAUGUCACACGGUUGCUCCUCGAGAGCGGUGCUAGCAAGGAUGCUCGCGAACUGGAUGGCUGGACACCGCUGAUGUUAGCAGCAGGCGAAGGUUCUGCUCAAGUUGCACAGCUGUUGCUGGAGGCAGGUGCUCGGACAGAAUUGCGCCGUCGCGACGGCAGUACAGCACUGAUGUCUGCGGCACUCAACAGCCAAGCUGCAGUCGUGCGCUUGCUGCUUCAGGCCGGUGCCCACAUGGAUGCGCGGGACAACGGGGGCAACACUGCGCUGAUGGAAGCAAUGCAUGCAGCGCCUGCAGCAAUCGACGGUCAUGUUGAAGUCGUUCGGGUGCUCCUGGACGCCGGCGCCGCGAAGGAUGUGCGAAAUGAACUGGGCAAGACAGCACUGAUGAUGGCAACAGAUCCCGAAAUUCGGCGAUUGCUGGGGGCUGGCUUUUGA